AUGAUCAUAAUUACCUGGCAUAGCAUCCAUCUUCGUGCCGUGGCUGUUGUCGGAAACCUCCUCUUGCUGUUUCAAAACAAUCAUGGUCGUCAGUCCAUAGUCAAACUUUUACACCACCUUUGUUCUUUUUUUUUCUUUUUGUUAUAAAAAGAUCUUUUAUCUCGCUCAUACUCUCUCUACCGAGACUCCUCUCUGUCUCUUAUUUGCGAUCUUUUUAUCUCUACCAAUAAUAGAGAACAGCCUAAGAACAGAGACCAAGUUGGAUUGAUCAACAAUCCUCUCAACUCGCUAUGCAAUCCGAAUACGAGAUUAGUACUCUGUCCCAAGAAGCUAAGACCCGUUGGUUGAAACCUCCUGAGGUGUACUUCAUUCUGAAGAAUCAUGAGAGAUAUGAGUUGACUCACAAGGCUCCUCACAAGCCUACUAGUGGAUCUUUGUAUCUUUUCAAUAAAAGGGUUCUUAAAUUCUUCCGUAAAGAUGGUCAUCAAUGGAGGAAAAAGAGGGAUGGUAGAGCUAUUGCUGAAGCUCAUGAACGUCUUAAGGUGGGUAAUGUGGAGGCUUUGAAUUGUUAUUAUGCACAUGGAGAGCAUGACCCUUCUUUCCAGAGGCGUAUCUUCUGGAUGCUUGAUCUGGAAUACGACCAUAUUGUCCUUGUUCAUUACAGGGAUGUGAGUGACGGAAACGAGGGAAGGCAAAGUAGUGGAACCGUUUUACAGUUUUCACUGAAUCCCACCACUCUCUUUUCAUCCCCAAGCUACAAUCACCACCACCACAUUGGUGAAUCUUCUACUGACAUACAACAGCAGCAGCAGUCAUCUACUUCGCUGGGCAUUGCAGAGGCUAACUCUGGCGUUGUCUUUAAUAGUAGUAACUCUGGAGGUGAGGAGGGGAGUGGGAGUUCUUAUGAGAUUGAAAACAGGGAGGCUUUUAGGAGGCUUGAGGAACAGCUGAGUCUUGAUGAUGACAUUUUAGUUAAUGCUACAGAUCCAGUAGAAAGUUUGGAUGGUCUCGACCUUCUAGACUUUAGUACGGAUACUGAUCACCGGGUUCCACCAGCUACUGUACAUCAGAGACCAGAGAGUAGCAGCAAACUAAGGAGAUGUUGCGCAGGGUAUGUUGGACCCCAAUAUGAUAAUGUUGUUCCACCACCACCACUGUACAGUCAAAAUGAAAGUUUGGAUAGUCUCCUGUCUUUAGAGUACGUUAAAGACAUGAGUCACCUUGCUCAACCAGCAGCUGGACACCAGAGACCGGAGAGUAACAGACUAGAUAGAUCUAACGGAGGGUAUUUUGGAGUUGAAUAUCAUCAUCCCAACAGUCUCAUGCUUGUAAAUAACGAUUCAGGUGGUAGUGGAGGGAGUGGCGAUCAAAAGUCUGGAUCUUGGAAAGAUGUGCUGGAGGCAUUUGGGGCUUCUACAGCUCUUAACUCUGAGCAGGGAAGCACACUAAGUCCAAGGACAGGUUUGCUACCUGGAGUGCAGGGAGAUUCUAACUGGACUUAUAGCAACCAAAUUGACCAAGCUACAUUGUUGUUGCCUCAAGAACUUGGUUCUUCUUUGCAACUUCCUGCUUGCUAUUCUGAGAUGGGAGCUCCAGAGAAUAACGGUGAAUACAGUAGAAUGAUGAAUGAAGAAGGGCAAACCGAGCAAGAAAUGAAUCACACAGUUGCAUAUAAGCAAAAGUUUACCAUCGAGGACAUAUCACCAGAGUGGGGCUAUGCAACUGAAACUACAAAGGUGAUAAUCAUAGGAUCAUUUCUCUGUGAUCCAACAGAAUCUACAUGGGCUUGCAUGUUUGGAAAUGAUCAAGUUCCUUUUGAGAUCAUCAAGGAAGGUGUUAUUCGGUGCCAAACCCCUCCAUGUGGUCCUGGCAAAGUGAAUCUAUGCAUUACUUGUGGAGAUGGACUCUCUUGUAGUCAAAUAAAGGAAUUUGAGUAUCGCGAUAAGCCUGAUGACAAAUCUAUCCCUAGGAGCAGUCCUGGUGAGCUUUCAUUACUUGUAGAGUUUGUGCAGACACUUCUGUCGGAUAGAAAAACCAACCUGGAGCCAAGCACUGAUGAUGAGUGGAGCCGUCUCAUUCGAGAUGGCACUGCAACGUCAUCAGGUACUGUUGUUGACUGGCUUCUACAGGAACUGCUUAAAGACAAGCUGGAUUCGUGGCUGUCUUCAAGAUCCCAAGAUAAAGACCAAGCAUCUUGUUGUUCUUUGUCAAAGCAAGAACAAGGCAUUAUUCAUAUGGUGGCAGGCCUUGGCUUCGAUUGGGCACUCUCUCCAAUUCUUGGUCAUGGUGUUAAUGUUGAUUUUCGUGAUAGUAAGGGAUGGAGUGCUCUUCAUUGGGCUGCACAACUUGGAAGUGAAAAAAUGGUGUCUGCCCUUAUAGCUUCAGGGGCAUCACCUGGGGCAGUGACUGAUCCCAAUACGCAAGACCCAAUCGGUAAAACUCCAGCUUCGAUAGCUGCCUCUAAUGGCCACAAGGGCCUUGCAGGUUAUCUAUCAGAGGUGGCGUUAACAGACCAUCUCUCGUCUCUCACACUCGAAGAAACCGAAGAUUCUAAAAACACUGCUCAAGCGAAAGCAGAGAAAACAGUGAACUCCAUCGCGGGAAGAGGUCAUCCCGUUAAUAACGAUCCACAAUCACUGGCUGCGUUGAAAAACGCAGCUCAAGCAGCAGAGAGAAUCCAAGCAGCAUUUCGUGCACAUUCAUUCAGAAAGCGACAACAAAGAGAAGCUGCUAGGCAUACUUUCUGGAAAGAGUACGGGAUCUACGCAGACAUGUCGAGCCCAAAUGCAAGGAACUACCAUUCAGCAGCUUUGUCUAUCCAGAAGAAGUACCGUGGCUAUAAAGGUCGAAAAGAGUUUCUGACAAAGCGCGAGAAAGCUGUCAUAAUACAGGCGCAUGUUCGAGGUUACCAAACGAGGAAGCAGUAUAAGGUGAUUUGCUGGGCGGUAGGAGUUCUAGAUAAGGUAAUACUGAGGUGGAGAAGGAAAGGUGUUGGACUAAAAGGGUUCAGGCAAGACGUAGAAAGUGGAGGAGAGGAGAGCGAAGAUGAGGACAUUCUGAGAGUGUUUCGUAAGCAGAAAGUAGAUGGUGCAGUGAACGAGGCUUUCUCUCGUGUUUUGUCUAUGACUCGUUCUCAAGAGUCUCGCCAGCAAUACCACCGUGUGCUCACGGGAUACUGUAAAAAAAAGGCUGAGCUUGGGAAAACAGAGACAUUAGGAACAGGUGGAAGUGGUGGUGGUUAUGAGGAUGAUGAUGAUGAUGCGUUAUUCGACAUAGCUGAUAUGGAAUAUGACAAUUUGUUUGCACUGCCUUGAGAGGGAAAGCCAUGCAAGAACAAGGAUAAAUGGGGAUUUAGAUAUUUUAAUAAUUAAGUCUGUAGAUUUGUAAAGUUUCAAGAGUGGGAGUAGUUUUAUAGAAUUGCAAUGAGAAAAGGGAAGAAGCUGUUAUUAGUAGUGAGCGACUGUAAGUGAUCUCUAUUGUGGCCAACUUUGAUACAAAUUUGGAAGCAUUGUUUCUUUUUGUACAAGGAAAAAAAAAACGAAGUAAACACAAAAGAAAUUUGCUUGUAAUACAAGUUCCUGUGACUGAUGCAAAAAAAAGUCCAUCUUUGCAGAAUCUAUCAUAAUCUUUAGUAGAAUCAAAUCACUGAAAGCAUGUUUUACGAA